AUGGCCGAUAAAGAUGGAGUGAAAGUCCAGAACAAUAAGGACUUGUUUUCGCAGCUGCUCAAUUUGUACUGGAAGGCUGUCGCGAGAGAGGUGCAGAACAUGAUCUUAUUCUACAAUGAGUGCGGUGAACUUCUCAACGUGAAUGCCAAUGAACUUGAUCCGAACGCCGAAAUAGCUGGAGAAAAUUUCAGGAAACUCUUCAGAAUCUGGACCAAUGUCCCCAAUGGAACCACCAAGGUCGACUUUGAGCAGGUGCCGCUUUACAAAGAAGCACUCAGAUUCGCAAAAGACCAUUACGAUCUCCAGUCGCCCCAAGAUCGAUUUUCUCGAUACCUUCUGCAAUCAUCGGCUUUUCUCGAUCUCGAUGUCGUACAUGAGCCAGCUCAGUUACUGUUUCCAAGCCAUGAAGCCGGACUUCCAAAUGUCGAACAAACGAAAACUUCCUCCAAUAGCCUGCUUAACAGCUUGGGAGGACUGUGGAGAGGAUUGGUCUGUAGCGAGUGCUCCUACCUCAUCAGAUCUCCUGUCUUCUACGAAUGUGACAAUGGCUGUCCAUUCUCUCCGGAUCCCCCUCUGCUGAUAGGAAGAACUAUGCAAACUGGCCGCAUAGUGAUUGACCGCGCCGUUGCCCCCGAAGAUGUUGUCAGGAGGCUCUGUUUGAGCUGCGCAGUGCAAGAAAGUCAUCAAAACAUCUGUGACGUCGACCACUUCUCAAGGAAGCGCCUGGAACCUCGCCAGGAGAAGAACGUAAAAAGGUUUCGCGAGACAAUAAGUCACGAAGAGGACAAGCGCCACCGCGCGCAGCAGGGCGAGAAGCCAUCCACACGUCUUUUAUUGAACUCUCUCGCCGGAUCUCGAGCUUGGGAUAUAGGGCAAAUCUCUUCCGCUCUCAAAAGCCUCGACACCACCGCCCUCUUCGAGGCUUACACUCAAACGCUCAUCAAAAGCUCUCUUGGAUCUACUCUGGAUGAGGCCCUCGCUUUAGUGACCCCAGCAGGCUCCUUCCAUUUGUCCCUGAUGUUCGGUCCAUUGAUAUUUGAGAUGGGCGUCCCCGGAACCAGAGGAGUGCUCAUCUCUCCAAGACCACUACCACAGCUUUGCUCCUCCACACAGGCAGUCUUGAGUCUUAUAAAUUCAGAUCAGGAUGCCGAUUCAAUUGCUGACAUGCAAGAGUGCAUGGACUUGUAUUUGCACAAGAAAAGCCAAGAUCUGAGAAUCCUUAGGUCUCCACGGGACGUUCGCAGUCGGAGGAUACUAGGAAGUGUGAAACGAGUUUACGGAGGGGCAUUCUCCGGCUAUUUUACCAACCCCGAUCAUCGUCGCCUCGAAAGUUCGGCCAUCGAUACAUUGAGAGAACAGGCAGCUCUAUGCACCUUCAGGGCCGGCAGCAGCACGAAAGGACGGCAGAAGAAGCUUUCACGCCUGGCGGACAAGGUCGUUCAAGCUUUGAAACCACAACUCGAACGUGAGGUGGGGGCACAAUUGAAUAGACUGGCGACACUGAUGAUGAGCAAGAGCACCAAGAUGCAGUGGAAUGUAUUCAACAAUUGCCAAAUGUUUGUUGAUCGCAUGCUCAGAGGCAAGGACUUCGAAUAUACCUACCCGCGGUUUCCGAAACAUUUAGACAACGCGAAAUCACGCGUGUAUCCAAGGUACCUGAUCAGCUUUGGAGAUGGCCUCGACGGCGCCAUUGUCAAUAGACAACAGUCCAACAGCUUCGUAUCGACCUUCUGCAAGAACAAGAGGGACCAAGCCGACUUGAUCGAAUUCAUCGUGUCUCAGUUUGAGAAACGACUCUUAUCGGAAGAAGCAGCCUCAUUGCCGGGAUCGAAAAUCCAUGAGGUGGCCGAAUACCUGAGGCCGUGGAUGACAUUGCUUCUAGAACCUUCGGCCCCGGACUCGCCAAACAUGGCUCGUCUUAGCGACGCAACAGCGAAUCUGCUGUGGGAGAUGCCGCGAGACACGCUAUCGAUCCUGCAGACGCACAUUUUUCGGCCGCCAUCCAAGUACACGAAUGCACGCUCCAAGGCUCUUGACCAGCUCGAAUGGCUGGGAAACAGACUUCUGGUCCUGCGGAUGCUCGACGAGUUUGCCUCUCUUGCAGGAGGUUUCGGCACUGCCCUCUUUGAGAUGUUCCGCAACGACCAGGCCAGUGUCACGGGCGUGAUAAUCCCCAAGUCACGCGUGUUUGGCACCAUCCGAGCGGACGAGAGGGUCAAGGUGAUCGGCCCCCGAUGGUUUUUGAGCUACUUCAUCAUAGACCCCAAGAACCCUCAGGUGGCUUGGCUCUUGGAUUCUCCCAAGUCGGAUCUGUUCUUCAAGGAGGUCAACCGCGCUCUCUCCAAGGGGUGGAAUAAGAUAGCCUGCGAGAUGGGUGGACCAGAAGGCGACAGAAAACUCCUGUGGGCUUUGGUUGCGACUCUCGGUCCAGUGAUCGAAUUUUGGUCAGCUACCUUCCGCGGUGCCACGGCGACUUUCAAAGAAGAUCUCGGGAUCAGCAUAAUGCCACAACUGGGGAUGGUCGGCGACGUCAUCCGAAUAUUGCGAUCCGUCACAUUCGGGCUCAUCAAGAAAAAGCUGUAUGGCCAAGAAGAUUGGCUGGCUUUUAACUUGGGCAUGGGCAUCAAUGUCUUGCAGCAGAGUUUCAAAAAGACAAAGACAAUUCGUGCUUGA